CGAUUGGCAUCCUUUCGUGACCACACAGUGGGAGAAAGAGAAAGAGAGAGUCUAACUGGCUCCUCCGUGCCUCCCUUUGAUUUUUAUGGCCUCUGUUCCAUCUAAUUGGAUAAAAUAGGAAGUCACUGGCAGUCCUGUGUUGCUGGGUGUGCUGAUUUAACUCAGACCAGCCCUGCAGAGGGGUGGGGGUGGGGAGAGUGAAAGGAGAGCAGAGAGAAUCUCUACAUCAGAAGAACAGAGUGAAGGAAGAAAGGCAAGAAGGCACUAAAGGGAAAGAGUACUGGGGAGGGACAAAGAAUAGGAGGUGGUAAGGAUUGAGGACCGAGUUGCCAUUCUCCUUUUUUCAAACCUCUCUGUAAUGAUAUUGCUUGCAGUGAUGCUCAGGGAGCAGGCACCUGCUGCUCUGUAAUGAUUCAGCCUCUUUCUGCCGGCUCUUUUGCAAAACAGGAUGCUGUUGGUACUGUCACUGCUGCUGCUGCCGCUACCGUUGUUACUGAUUUUCCUUUUGCUUCUACUGCAUGACGGCUGUGUUUUCCUCCAUCUAAGCAGUCACCAGCCUCAGAUGCUCAAGGUGAGAAGCCAGCCUUUCGCUCUGGGCUGUUGGUUCACUUAAACAAUUUUGUUUAGUAUUUCAGCUUCUUUUUAUUACCUCGUUUUGACUCCCUGAAGAACUGAGAUGACUUGAGAGGAAUUAAGGAAUUAUAAAGAAAAUUAAAAAGUGAACGAGAAGAAGCUGAAUCAUUAUGUGGGGCAUCCUUUCUCCUUUUUGAUUAUUUGGAAGGAUUUUUUUUCUUUGCAAUCUCUUUCUACUUGGAUCAUGUUCUGACACUUCAACUCUCUUUUAAUCCCUAUGCUUUGCUGCUGUGAGAUUUCUCUGGAUCAGUUUUCUUUCUUCUGUUUGGCUUAUUAAUAAUAAUGAACUAGGAUAGAGUUUUUAAGGCCUUCUAGAGGAGCUCAUUUGAAAUAUAUAUGCUAAAUAUGUCUGAAGCCACUCUGGAGGGUUUUUCCAAGCCUUCGACCCAGCUGAGCCCCUCUGCAUCACUUGAGGGGCUCCCUGCUGAAGAGGACAUGCCAGAGACUCAAAUGGAGGAGACAAGAGUGCAGGGAAUAGCAGGCCUUGCUGCUACUUGCUGUGUGUGCCUGGAGGCAGAGCGACUGACAGGCUGCCUCAACUCUGAAAAGAUCUGCAUUGUCCCAAUCUUGGCUUGCCUGAUCAGCCUCUGCCUCUGCAUUGCUGGCCUCAAGUGGGUGUUUGUGGACAAGAUUUUUGAGUAUGAUUCUCCUACCCAUCUUGACCCUGGUAGGAUUGGACAAGAUCCGAUCACUUCCGUGGAACCUACUGCACUAUCUGCUUGGGUGCCAUCUGUAGUACAUACAUCAUACUUUCCAGUACCUACAAAUGAAGCUUUGUUUGAGGUUACAGGGAAGCCUGAUGGGCCCCUAUUAGUUACCUCUGAGGCUGCUCCUAAACCAUCUCCAUCGAACAGUGUCUUAGAUUAUAAUUUCUUACCCUCCACGGCACCCCCAUUACUUCCAUCUAGCCUAGAACCUGAAGUGAAAGGACCCCCAACGGCCUCUCUGGCACAAGAAGUUGAAACUAGUAUCCAAACAGUUCCACCAAAACUAGGUAAGUGUAAAAACAUGUCCCCUACCACCUAUAU